AUGCGCCAACAAAAUGAUGUUGAAUUCAUCGAAUUGCUAAAUAACUUGCGGGUCGGUGAAUUGACUACGAGUCAACUUCAAUUACUCUGUGAACGACGCAGAAUACCUUUGACAGGAGACUUCGCUGACGGAGUUGCUGUGCGAAUCUACCCAACCGUUAAACAAGUAGACGAUUAUAAUGAUUUAAUGACAACAGAAAAUUCUAAAGUGCACAAAACUUAUGCCAUAACUGCUGUAGACGAGUCUCGUGAGGUUGCCACUUAUGGAAAGACGCCACCGCCCAACGUAAUACCGCGUAAUGUAAAUAGCUGUGGAGGUUUAUUAUCAACGCUAAAGUUAGCUGAAGAAUCACGCGUUAUGCUAAGGCGAAACAUAUCGGUUUCCGAUGGCCUUGUAAACGGAGCAAUGGGUAUUGUUAAAAAAUUUAAAUGGCCUGCUCUUCGGAGAGAACAAAUUGAAGAAGGGGAAUUACCAGAAAGUGUGUUUAUUCAAUUUGAUGAUGAGACGAUUGGAAGUAGAAUUAAGGAUGAAAAUGGCUGGGUACAGAUAACUCCUACUGUUGCAACAUUUCAGGCAACCAAAGGAUACGGAGAUGUCGAGCGCCGAAUGUUGCCUUUGAUUUUAAGUUGGGCAGUUACGGUCCACAAAUUACAAGGCACAACACUAGAAAAAGCUGUUAUAGAUCUGGGCAAGAAAAAUUUCGCCAAAGGACAGGUCUAUGUUGCUCUGAGUCGGGUCAAAACCUUGGAAGGAAUAGCGUUGUCUGACUUAGAUGCAAACAAAUUGUUGAGUAGGCCACACGACGAAAGAGCUUUGCAAGAAAUGACGCGAUUACGCAACCUAAAUUCAGUCUCUUGA